AUGUUCCUUCAACGCACAGCCUUCGCCCUCGCCAGGCGCACUCCCACCCGGGCCAUUGCUGCUCGCCCCUUCUCCUCCUCUGUUACCCGCUUCGACCAGGCCAAGAAGUGGCAGGUCAGCAAGGAGGGCAAGAUCCUGUCUUUCGAGGAGAUCAAGACCGAGGAAGACCUUGUCCCCCCUGGUGCCAAGCCUGGUACCAUUCCCACCGACAUCGAGCAUGCCACCGGUCUCGAGCGUCUCGAACUUACCGGAAAGAUGCAGGGCAUCGACAUCUUCGACAUGAGACCUCUGGAUGCCUCCCGCAAGGGAACUCUUGAGAACCCCAUCAUCGUCAACGGUGCCGGUGAUGAGCAGUACGCUGGUUGCACUGGUUUCCCCGCCGACUCUCACCAGGUUAACUGGCUCACCGUUUCCCGUGACCGCCCUAUCGAGCGCUGCGGCGAGUGCGGCAACGUCGUCAAGCUGAACUACGUUGGUCCUGAGGAGGACCCCCACGCCCACGACCACCACGGCCACGACCACCACGGCCACCCUCCCUAUGAGGAGCCCAAGACCUUCGCCGACUACGUCAAGCCUGAGUACUGGUACCGGUAA